UGGAUCAGCAUGGUCAAAGGCUAUAAGUUAUGAUGUUUGCCUUUUAAAAAGUAAAUGCUAUUCUGAAGUUCAUAGUUUGCAACUUUCAACGGACAGUUGAAGUAGCAGCAUGGAUUCAUGGAUUCCGUCUUGGGUUCUGUUCUUUGCCUCUUUCCUCGUGGUGUCUGGCUUGCCAACUCCAGAAAAUUUUGAUGUAGACGGUGGCAUUGACCAGGAUAUAUUUGACAUCAAUGAAGAUUUGGGACUGGAUCUUUUUGAGGGAGACAUCAAGCUCAAUGGGGUACAAGGUAGAAAUUCCAUCAUUGGAGAAAACUAUAGAUGGCCUCACACCAUUCCGUAUGUUCUAGAAGAUAGCUUAGAAAUGAAUGCUAAGGGAGUUAUCCUCAAUGCAUUUGAACGCUAUCGCCUAAAGACAUGCAUUGACUUCAAGCCUUGGGCCGGAGAAACCAACUAUAUAUCAGUGUUCAAGGGCAGUGGCUGCUGGUCUUCAGUAGGAAAUAUGCGAGCUGGGAAGCAAGAACUCUCCAUCGGUCAAAACUGUGACAGAAUAGCCACGAUUCAGCAUGAGUUCCUCCACGCACUGGGGUUCUGGCACGAGCAGUCGCGUUCUGACCGGGAUGACUACGUCAACAUAAUUUGGGACAGAAUUCAGUCAGGCAAAGAGCACAAUUUUAACACCUAUGAUGACCAAGCCUCGGACACGCUGAAUGUUCCCUAUGAUUACACUUCAGUCAUGCACUACAGUAAAACUGCAUUCAGAAAUGGAACAGAACCCACAAUUGUAACAAGAAUCCCAGACUUCAUGGAUGUGAUUGGCCAGCGAAUGGACUUCAGUGACUCUGAUCUCUUAAAGCUGAAUCGCCUGUAUAACUGCUCCUCUUCCUUGAGCUUCAUGGACUCAUGCGAUUUUGAACUGGAAAAUGUGUGUGGUAUGAUUCAAAGCUCAGGCGAUAAUGCUGACUGGCAGCGGGUUUCACAGGUUCCCGGGGGGCCAGAGAACGACCACUCCAACAUGGGCCAGUGCAAAGGUUCUGGUUUCUUCAUGCAUUUCAACAGCAGCUCUGUAAAUGUGGGGGCCACCGCAGUGCUGGAAAGUAGAAAGCUGUAUCCUAAAAGAGGAUUUCAGUGCUUGCAAUUUUAUUUAUAUAACAGUGGAAGUGAAAACAACCAACUGAACAUUUAUAUCAGGGAGUAUUCUGCAGGCAAUGAGAAUGGCACUUUAACCCUGGUGGAAGAAAUAAAAGGUAUACCCCUUGGGAGCUGGGAACUUUACUAUGUAACAAUGAAAGUAACCAACAAAUUCAGAGUGGUGUUUGAAGGAGUCAAAGGCACUGGUGCAUCAUCAGGUGGCUUAUCGAUUGAUGACAUCAAUCUUUCAGAAACACGGUGCCCUCAUCAUAUCUGGCGUAUAAGGAAUUUCACACAGCUCAUUGGCAGCCCAGAUGGAACUCUAUAUAGUCCUCCAUUUUAUUCUCCUAAAGGUUAUGCCUUUCAGAUUUACUUGAAUCUAAGCCAUCCUGAAAAUGCAGGAAUAUAUUUCCACUUAAUCUCUGGAGCCAAUGAUGAUCAAUUACAGUGGCCAUGUCCUUGGCAACAAGCCACGAUGACACUGCUGGAUCAAAAUCCUGACAUUCGACAACAAAUGUCCAACCAGCGGAGUAUAACUACAGACCCAUUUAUGACCACCGAUAAUGGAAACUAUUUUUGGGACAGGCCUUCCAAAGUGGGACAAGUGGCUUCUUUCCCUAAUGGAACUCAGUUUAGAAGAGGAAGGGGCUACGGAACUAGUGCCUUUAUAACCCACGAGAGGCUGAAAAACAGAGAUUUUAUAAAAGGAAAUGAUGUUUAUAUCCUACUGACUGUGGAAGACAUUUCCCACCUUAACUCGACACAAACGCAGCCAGUCCCGACCCCUGAUGACAACACCCACGUCAACUCUACACCAGGGCAGCCAGUCCCGACCUCCACCUCCGGCAUCGCUGGCCCUUGCGCAAACUUCAAAUGUGAGAACGACGGCGUCUGCGCUGUCCGAGGUGGCAAAGCUGAGUGCAGAUGUCCGUCAGGGGAAGACUGGUGGUACUUGGGAGAGAGGUGUGAAAAGAAGGGCUCCACUCGAGACACCAUCAUCAUCGCCGUUUCUUCCACCGCCGCAGUGUUUGCGCUGAUGCUGAUCGUCACCCUCGUCAGUGUCUACUGCACCCGGAAGAAAUAUCGUAAAAAGGCAACUUCAAAAACAGCAGAUAUUUCUCUGGAAAACCUCCAGGCCCAGAAAACCAGCAAAACCAGGAGUGCUAAGUCAGGACCAGUUGCAGUGACGAAUGACCCCCUGGCGCUGACCAUCAGCAGAGACCAGACCCUGGAAAAGGCACACCUGGAAAAGCUGAGGAGCUUGCAUCUCCAAAACCCUCCAAGACCCCACAAGACUUGCAAUUGGGAAGCAAUGGGCAGUGGCAACUCAUCCCAGGCUAGUCCUCUGAACCCAUCUCCGGGGCCCCUGUUCUCUGACUUCCUGGACAUCUAA